AUGACUAGACAGAAUUCGACAACAGUUGCACCCGAGCUCUUUAUUACAAACAUUGAAGAUUUCGAACGAAAGCUCGACCAUGGCCUCCCCGUCGACAUGGGCAACCACAAGAUCAAUCCAAGUCUCACUCUUGUCCCAUGGCCAUGCCAACGGGCCAAUCGUACAACAGCAACAAGAAGCACGUUAUCAGAAAACUAUACAUCACGAUAUUCGACACUUGCCGAAUCCACCACGCCAUCUCCGAGCCAAAGCAACCGGCCUAUCAAGGCGACUCCAGAAAGAGUUCAUCCCACAUAA